CGUCUACUUGCCUUUUCGGGCAAUCCCCCCCCAAACAUGAUCGUCGCCAGGUCAGCUCGACGUCAUCACUCACACUCACUCUUACACACACGCGCGCGCACACACUCGCCUCGCUGCCGAGCCGACGCCACAGGCAGAUCAUCUCAUCUGCCCUCGUCCAGUCUAGUCCCCCCAUCGCGGGACGCAAAGCCCCAGUCGGGCCCAGUGGAUGAGUGUUUCCACGACCGGCCGUCUCACCAGCCACGAGGGGAAGAAGCUGCCCUCCUCCUCCCCGUCGUCGCCGUCGUCGCCGCCGCAGUCAUGUCAGAAGCCUCCGACGUGCUGAUAUUCAUCGGCGUGCUCGCGCUCUACUACGUCAUCUUCUUCUACCAAAACACCAUCUCGCGCCUCCUCUCCGGCCUCCGCCCCGCCGGCACCGGCAUCGGCAUCGGCAUCGACACUGAUGCGGCGGCGGCGGCACGAGGGGCGGGUUUGACAGCGACGGCGACAACCAAGCCCGUCCUGCCGUCCGACGUCGACGUCCUCGUCGUCGGGUCCGGCAACGCAGGCUUCUCGGCCGCCAUCGCCGCCGCGCAGGCCGGCGCCCGACGCGUCCUCCUCAUCGACAAGUGCCCCGAGGCCUGGGCCGGCGGCAACUCGUACUUCACCGCGGGCGCGUACCGCUUCGUCCACCGCGGGCUCGACGACGUGCGCGCCCUCGUCACCAACCUCGACGACGACGCCAUCGAGGACAAGGUCGACCUGCCCGCCUACUCGCACGAGGACUUCGAGGACGACGUCGGGCGCGUGUGCGGCGGGCGCUCCGACCCCCGGCUCGUCAAGGCCCUCGUCGACGAGUCCGCCGCCGCGGUCCGCUGGCUCGCCCGCCUCGGCGUGCGCUUCCACCUCAGCUUCAACCGCCAGGCGUACGUGGUGCACGGCAAGAUCAAGUUCUGGGGCGGGCUGUGCGUGCGCGCGGCCGACGGCGGCAAGAGCCUCGUCGCGGACCUGCAGGAGGCGGCGCGCCGGCACGCCGUCCAGGUGCGCUACUCGACGGCGUUUCUCGGCCUCGAGCGCGACUGGGGGGCGACGACGGGGGCGGGCGACCUCAUCGUCUCGGUCGACGACGACGGCGUGCGCCGCACCGUCGCGAGCAAGGCCGUCGUCCUCGCCGCGGGAGGGUUCGAGGCCAACCCCCGGCUGCGCAGCCAGUACCUCGGCCCCGGGUGGGACAUGGCGCUCGUGCGCGGCACGCCGUACAACACGGGCGAGGCGCUCGAGACGGCCAUGCGGUGCCUCGACGCCGCCCCCGCGGGCAACUGGUCCGGGUGCCACUCGGUCGCCUGGGACGCGCACGCCCACCCCCUGAGCGGCGACCGCGAGGCCUCCAACGAGCUCACCAAGUCGGGCUACCCGCUCGGCCUCAUGCUCAACCUCGACGGCCUGCGCUUCGUCGAUGAGGGCGCCGACCUGCGCAACUACACCUACGCCCGCUUCGGCCGCGCCAUCCUCGCCCAGCCCGGCCACGCCGCCUUCCAGGUCUGGGACGCCCAGAUGAGCGCCUGGCUGCGCAGCGAGGAGUACCGCCCGGAGCGGGCGCGCCGCGUCGAGGCGGACACGCUCGAGGAGCUGGCCGACAAGCUGUGCGCCGGAGGAGGCGGAGGCGGAGGCGGAGGCGGCGGCGGAGGAGGACGAGGAGAAGGACGAGGAACAGACGCCGUGGCCACUCUGCGCGACAAAGACGCCUUCCUGCGCACCAUCCGCGAGUACAACCAAGCGGCGCAUCUGCACCGACAGGAGAAUCCCGCCCUCAAGUGGGAUCCCUCCGUCAAGGACGGCCUGUCCACGCAGUCCAAGGCCAUGCAGCUCGACCUGCCCAAGUCCAACUGGGCCGUGCCGCUCGAGAAGCCCCCCUUUCUCGCCGUGCGCGUGGCCUGCGGCAUCACCUUUACCUUUGGCGGGCUCAAGGUCGAUCCCGCGACGUGCCAGCUGCUGCGUCAGUCCAACGGACACCCCAAUCGGGGCAUCUACUGCGUCGGCGAGAUGAUGGGCGGCCUGUUCUACCAGAAUUACCCCGGCGGGAGCGGACUCACCGCCGGCACCGUCUUCGGGCGGAGGGCUGGACAGGCUGCGGCGGCGGCGAUCAAGGCCGACUUCAGGUAGGCAGCGGCAAGAGCAUGAACGAAUUAGACGACUCACGGGAACACGCCGCCACAUUGAAAAGAAAGCAAGCGUCUCGAUAGAAUUUCCAGUUG